AUGUACCUUCCCACCUCGCCCCUCCCGCUGGCCCCGAGCAGUGAGUCGCCCGUUGCGAAAUGGUCGAGCACCAUCGGCAUCGUGACGGCCAUCUGUGGCAACGUCUUGAUCUCCUUUGCCCUCAACACCCAGCGCUACGCUCACCUGCGCCUCACCCGUGAUCGCGAGCAACAGGAGGAGAAGAAGCAACGCCAACAGCGCAAGAAGCAGGCAGCACCCUCAGGCUAUGGGACGCAGCAGAACGACAUAGCAAAGGACAGGGCGAAAGCCAAUGCACAGGCACACGCGGCAAGCUAUACUCUCCAGGCAUCCGGAGAGAGCGACGAGACGGACCCCCUCAUACCCACGCUGGACAAGAGGAAGAAGAGCAAGCAGGCCGAGUCUUCCGACAGCGACGACGAGGAUGGAUCCGACGCAUCCACCAAGAACAAGUCAUACCUGAAGUCGCCCAUCUGGUGGGCUGGCAUCGCGAUGAUGACCGUCGGCGAAACAGGAAACUUCCUCGCCUACGGCUUCGCCCCCGCCUCCAUCGUGUCGCCUCUGGGCGUAGUCGCCCUCGUCUCCAACUGCCUCAUUGCCCCCUGGCUACUCCACGAACGCUUUCGACUCCGAGAUGGCCUGGGCGUCGUCAUCGCCGUAGCUGGCUGCGUAACGGUGGUGCUCAGUGCGAGUGACAGCAACCCCAAACUCACCCCGGACUCCAUCUGGCAUCUCAUCACCCGUUGGGAGUUUGAGACUUAUCUCGGCAUCACCGUCUUUCUCAUCAUCGUCCUGUGCGUGGCUAGUGACCGUUUUGGCGAGAAAUCCAUCCUCAUCGACCUGGGCUUGAUGGGCUUGUUCGGUGGCUACACGGCCCUCUCUACCAAAGGCGUCGCGUCGCUGCUAUCCAACACCAUCUGGAGGGCCAUCACCUUCCCCAUCACCUACCUCCUCGUCGCCGUCCUCGCCUUCACUGCCGUCAUGCAGAUCAAGUACGUCAAUCGGGCCUUGCAGCGCUUCAACUCCACCCAAGUCAUUCCCAUCCAGUUUGUGCUCUUCACCCUCUCCGUCAUCACCGGCAGCGCCGUGCUCUACCGCGACUUUGAGCGGACCAGCACUGAGGACGCCGUCAAGUUCGUCGGCGGCUGUGCCUUGACCUUCCUGGGCGUGUGGUGCAUCACCUCCGGUCGCGGAGACGAAUCG